AAUGGACAUGCAGCGGGGAUGUGGUAGCAAAGAAAGCAGCAGAUUCAAACUUAAACAAUUUUGAGGAUGUUGUCCUCGGGGAGAUUCCUUCCCCGUUUGCCAUGGACUCGUAGUGCCUCCAUGGUGGCGCGGCAUUUUGCUAAGCGAAAGUCAUUGUACCCAUUUAUGGCAAAGCCAGCCACAGUCUUUGACUUCGGUCUUUCUCCGGACGACGAGCAGCGAGCUGCCGAAUUGCACAAGACAAUUCAGGUCUACGAUGGUCUGAUUGAGUGCACCUGGUAUCCAGGUAUUGUGGAGAAUAUCUUAGCAGGGGGACCGCAGGUUGGAGGCAGUCUUUCUCUUGGAAAUGCCGGUCUUGAGCGAUUUCUGGGUGAGAAGGAGCACAUGGAUGCGGUGCCUGAGAAGUUUUGGACCUACGAAACAUUGGUACGGGACCUGGCCUAUAUCCGGGCUGCGUGCCAUGAAAGCGCCGGCAAAGUGCAUUUCUGUACAUCGGCUGCUGAACUGGAGGCGGCCUACUCAGUUGGCGCUGUAGCCUUGAGCGCAGAUGUGCAGAAUUCAAAUUUCAUUGGUUCUGACUUUGAUCGCUUGGAAACAGUGUACUGGCUCGGGCUGCGCCGGAUUCAGUUGACUUACAACGAUGCAAAUUCGGCCGGCUUUGGCUGUAUGGAAGAAUCUGACGGCGGCUUGACUAAGUGGGGCGAGCGGUUGGUGGGUGCCAUGAACGACUUGGGCAUGAUUGUGGACACUGGGCACUGCAAACCGCAGACUGUCAUUGACGCGGCCAAAGCAUCCAGAAAACCCAUGACCUGUUCACACGCUGGCUUAGUGUCCAUUUGCCCUGGGAAUCCCCGCACACAGACAGAGGAAGCGAUCAAGGAAGUGGCUAAGACGGGAGGUGUUUUUGGCUUAGUUGCUGCUCCUAUGGCCGUAAACAACAGUGACUGUUGCACAGUCGAUGACCUCGUGAACAACAUUGAUGCAGCUGUAAAGGUGAUUGGUGAAGACCAUGUGGGCUUUGGUUCUGAUUUUCUCAUAGCCGCUUCCAUGGAGGAGGUUUUACGCGCGCCGGAAUGGGAUGCAGAGAGGGCUGGAGCAGUGAACACCAGUGGAUUGGUGUGGCCCUUCUCAGAUGGUCACGUUGGCUUCGAAAACAACAGUGGGUACAGAAAUUUGACGCGUGGACUUGUUGCAAAAGGCUACUCCGAUGAGUCCAUCCGCAAGAUCAUGGGAGGCAAUUUUCUGCGAGUUUUCAAAGACGUCGUGGGUUGAAUGAAGAUGUUAACCUUGGACCUUGCCCGGCAGCUUGCCUGGAACAUUUUUGUACAUGUCCUCAGGCUCGGACCGGAAAGUCGUUGAAUUGUGGAAGACCAGUGUCAUUUUUGAAAAGAGUGUAGAUGCGAGUGCAAAGCUCAUACGUACACAGAGAGUUCCCAUACAUACAUUUGUCUCAUUUCAACAUUUUGUGCUCUGUAGCCUGCAGCUUGCAACCUCAAGCCACCAACUCGGCAUCCUCCUGCAUUGCUUUGCCGGAGCAGGACUCAGGAGCUAUGGCACGC